CAGGUGAUUGUAAAGUGCAGACCACUUGCCACGGAACAUAGUUGAAACAGAAAAUAGGAAGAUGGCAGCAAACCCUUCAGGACAAGGUUUUCAAAACAAAAAUAGAGUUGCAAUCUUGGCAGAACUGGACAAAGAAAAAAGAAAAUUACUAAUGCAGAACCAAUCUUCAACAAAUCAUCCUGGAGCUAGCAUUGCGCUCUCGAGACCCUCUCUUAACAAGGACUUCCGGGACCACGCUGAGCAGCAGCAUAUUGCAGCCCAGCAGAAGGCGGCUUUGCAGCAUGCACAUGCACAUUCAUCUGGAUACUUCAUAACUCAAGAUUCUGCAUUUGGGAAUCUUAUUCUUCCUGUUUUACCUCGCCUUGACCCAGAAUGAAGAAAAUAACAAAAGUAACUUUGUAAUAUCAAAUGCCAAAGCUACUAUCAGUCAGUGCUAUACAAACUGUGACUU